CGCCUCAUCCAGUCACCAUUGGCUAUAUUAGUGGAGUAUUAGUGUGUUUAUAAAUAGAUCGCAUCAACUCAUCUUUUUUCUCCACCCCCCCCAAAAAAAACUGCAAAACCAAAACACCAUGAGUCCUACGUUUUACUUCGCUCUUGCCUUAACCCUAGCUUUGGCCACAAAGACAUAUGGUGCAGUUCUUGACAUCGACGGCGACAUCAUUUUCCGCGGCAGUUACUAUGUUCUCCCCGUCAUCCGCGGCCGAGGUGGGGGCGUAACUCUACAGGGGCGAGGUGGAGAGCUAUGUCCUUACGACAUCGUGCAAGAAUCAUCUGAGGUCGACGAAGGUAUUCCCGUAAAAUUCUCAAACUGGAGACCUAGAGUUGCGUUUGUUCCCGAGUCCCAAGACCUUAACAUCGAGAUGGACGUUGAAGUAACCAUCUGCAUCCAGUCAACGUACUGGCGAGUCGGUGAGUUCGAUGAGGAGAGGAAGGAGUAUUUCGUGGUGGCUGGUCGGCAAGACUCACCGAAGAGUUUCUUCCAGAUCGAAAAAUCUGGAGAUGAUUACAAGUUUGUGUUCUGUCCUCCGGCUUGUGACUCUGGCCGUCCGAGAUGCAGGAAUGUUGGAAUAUUCGUGGAUGAAAUCGGUGUUAGGCGUUUGGCUUUAAGCUCUGAGCCCUUCUUGGUUAUGUUCAAGAAAGCUAAUGUUACUGAGAUUUCGUCCAAGACUAUGUAAGGCUUGUGACAGGGCAAAACUCGAUCAUUACUUACAAUAAAACGUCUGUGUGACUCUUUCUCUGUUUUCCUUUGAAAGUUGAAUAAAAUAUAUUUUUUUU